AUGGCGACGACACGUAAGAAUUCGCCGGGGAUCUCUCCGCCGGGGGUCGGGGUCGGGGACGGGCUCGACAACAACGGCGGCGGCGGCCGCCCCUGCAAUGAUCUGCACGACGUUAUUUCGCUCGCUGUUGUUGUCAUCGCGGUGUUUUACGUCCCGAGUGCGUACGCAGCGCGCUGCGGACGGACGAUCCCAAGCUCGGUGUUGCGGGACGCUCGUGGUUCAGGAGCAGAGCUCGAGAAGCGUCCGUCGUGGUAUCUCGACCGAUGCUGCCGCGGGCGAGUGCAGGAAGACGGAUACCACGAUGGCCGUCGCCCCGUUGGGUCGGCCCUUCCUCUCCACCCAACGCUGCCCGGUGACGUUUUCACGCAGGCGACGCGGUCGACGCGAAGCCGCUCCGAGCCCUGGGACAUUGAGAUGCGCACACACAAUUGCAGACCCUCGCAUGAGAACGCCCGCGACCGAGAGCGGACGUCUUCUGUGGACGCAUCGCGUUCGUCGUUCUCGCCUAUCGCGAUCCAAUCGCAGAUGCGCAGGCGGCAGCUGCGGCAGCCUGCUCCGAGUAAAACAGUUUAG